AUGUCUAAUUCGAAAAUUAGUCUUGAUGAAAUCAUUCGCUUCACAUCACGAACAGCUGGUCGUGAUAAAAUCUACCGAACAAUUCAAUAUGCAUCACGCUUUCUCGCAUGGUACUAUAUAAAGAAACGAGGAGUUGCCAAUGGUGAACUGUUUCAAAACAUCGAAUCAAUGAUGAGUUUGACUCGAAAAGGAAUGCGACUUGGUCGAUUUGUUGAUUAUGUAAAAAGUGUUUUGGAAAGUUUUCAUAUUCGAAACAAACGAAUUGGAACAUUGUUCGGUUUGAUUGCUGUUUGUCAAGGUUUAUUCAUGUUCUUCGACAAUAUUUUAUUACUUCAUCGAUACAAAAUCCUCCAUUUGACAAAUGCACAACGUUUUCAACAAUAUCUUUAUCAAGUAUGGCUUCUUUGGGUGUCCUGUGCAUUGACACGAGAUUAUUAUGAAAUUCAAGCAUCAUUUCAUAUUGGACAAUAUCAUCAAAAACAAGAUAAAUCAUUGAUGCGUCAAGCAAAUCUGUUCUGGGCAAAUAAACCGUUAGUGAUUGACACAAUCAAAAAUCUUUGCGAUCUUUACAUUCCAUUGUCGAAUUUGAAUGUUGUUCGUGCUAAUCCAGGUUUACAAGGUUUCGCUGGAACGGUUUCAUCGUUGUUGGGUUUGUUGCAAUUGUGGGAUAAAAGUUAUCAAUUGCCAUCAUAA